UGGGGCUCAAUGUAUCCUAGCAACCGCGUAGGCCUGGCGUUUUUGUUGCAAAUGUGCUGGCAGUCAACUGUUUGAUGCCUGGAGUUCACUUCCUUAUGGUGUUCUAAGGGCUGGUUGGGGUGGUUAUGGCUCUGUCAGUCUUCAUCCUCUUGGCAGCAACAGCGCUUCAAGUUUUUUGUGAAACUUCAGUAAUCAAGGCGCUGCUCCCAGGCCCCAGUGACUGCUGUGCAGAGAAUGGCAUGGUGGUGAAUGGAACCUGCGCGAACAGCACCCAGUGUGAGCCAGGCUGCUUCCUGCGCGUCCUGGGCAACGACACGGCUCUCUGCGUGCUCUGCGACACGCUCCCCCUGGAGUCGGACAACUUCUCCAGCUGCAGCUACGUUCCUGUGAGGACAAAUGUAACCCUGUUCACUACUGUGAUGCCCAAAAUCGGUGGCCCGGGCGUGGUCGCCUCCCUCCUGCUGGGAACGCUGCUGGCGAGCCUCUUCCUCAUCCUGUCCGUCGCCUCCUUCUUCUACCUCAAGCGCUCCAACCGCCUCCCCGGAAUGUUCUACAGGCGCAACAAAGCCUUCAUUUUCCAACCCAGUGAGACGGCUGUGAUGAUACCUACACCUACGUCCUCAGUGAGAAAGCCCCGGUACGUCAGAAGGGAGCGUCCCUCGGCAACGGCGGCGUCCAGCGCCGCCACCAUCUCCACCGCCGCCGUCACCAAGGUCAGCAACGUGUGAGCGCGUGCAGACAGGCCUGCCCGGGACCCGCGCCAUCCCGCUCACUGGGGGGGGUCCCUGGGGGGGCCGUCCUCCCGUUUCGGACACUGUUAGCGUAGCGUACGUAUUUCUCCCGCAGGCUGCCCUGUAGCGUCUGCCUGGGUACAGGCUAGCGUUCCCCGUCCCACCCGAACCUUCAGCCUGGACCUGGACCGGGUCCCCUUUCUCUUCUGAUAUAAACGCAUACUCAUGUACAGCUGAUUAUUUGAUCAUUGGGGGCAGAGGGCUUUUGGCUUUUGGGGGUGAAGUGUUGUUUUCUUAAAGCAAUCAGCUUGGGAUGCCACUACUGAAUUUGAAUACCUUCUUAUGAGAUUAAUUUAUUUUCCCUGUAUUUAUGUUAUUUCGUCUUGGUACUUUUGCGUUAUUGUAUGGAGUAUUAUGCCAAAAAAACUGAGCUGUCGGUAGAUUGUAAACACACCAAUUUGUCAACCUAAGACUGGGAAAAAAAUGCCAAAUGUCACGGUGGCCAUUUAUGUAUGCAGUGAUUGCGUUAGACUGGGUACAAGCGUGCGGUCAUGUUCCAGACUUUGAUACUGCAAGAGAGCUGGUUGGCACCCAUUAUUAAAUUAAAGAGCACAGAAGGGCAUCGAGAGGAAAAUAAAUCACAAAGUUUUAAUGAGAACGUGUGCUAACAGUUAGAAACUUCAUGCGCAGUCACAGCUUUUAAGUGAGGCCACAGUUUGCAGUAGUCCUUCACUUGGUGAACUCUUGCGAGAAGUGGCAUAUUGCAACAGAUGUCCGUACAGAUGUUAACAUUUGCUUUAACCCAGCAUUUCUCAGAUCAUUUAGCAGCAAUCCUCAACUGACCUUGCAAGAGACCAACUUGGAUAUUGAGAAAAAUGAAGAAUACCCAAUGACAUUGCAUUCUUUGUAUGUAGUAUGGAGUGUAAUAUGUUCUCAGGGAAACUAGUGAAGGAUGCUAUUCACAAACAUGAGAAGAGUUACCAGGACACCUAAGAACUGGUGAAAUUCAACCACUAUGCCUGACAGUUCAGUCUUGUAGUUCCAGUUCCCCAUAAUGCAUUUGGGAAAAUUCCAUUCCGUCAGAACAUACGCAUGUAGACAUCCACCGGCUCAUUUAGCUGUCGUGUGUUUAAAUGUUCACACAUGAAUGUGUCAAAAUAUCCCAAAGUGAACUUGAAAGUGAGUGGGAAUAGUCUUACUGUUAACAAGCAACAAAACCAGUGGGAAAUCAGCUAUCCUUGACUGUAGAUAUGUUAAUGAAGUUUAGAAAUUGUGACUCAUGGUGAAUGUAAACAAUACUGUAGAUUUCCUCUACUUUUUACAUUGAGUUUUAUGAAAUGUGUAACAGUCUUUGAGAAGCACCUUUUUGAUUUCAGCAUUCACUCGUAGCUGCAAGUAGUCUUUAAAAUCGGAAAGCUCAGUGAAAGCUCAAAGCAUCACACUUCAUCUUUGUAGACAAGACUGGCAAGUGUCUACUGUAGUUGCCAAAUGAACAUUUGCCUGAGGUGAAAGUGCACAUAUAUUGACUGCUUUUGUGGUGCCAAGUGUCCUGAUGAAUGGAUCCUUCAUACCUUUUUCCUGGAAAUUGUAUACUUGAGUUGUAUCUGCACAGGGAGGAUGGGUUUUUUUCUCUCUCUCUCUGCCAUUGUCCUUGGACAUUUUGAAAAUGUUCAGCAGUUAUUUUGGUUUAAUGCUGUAUUGUUUUUGAUGUAGGAGUGAAGUUAGUGGGUGUGGUACGAAUUUUGACAACUCGACAACCACUCUGAACUGUGUAGAAUUGUGUGCCAAUGGGCAAGAGCCAGAAUAUUUUUUGAACUGCAUGAUCCAGAAAGAGUUGAAAAGCAAGGCGUAGUUUCUGAGGCUGUGCACAUAUUGUAUGCCAGUUGCACCAUGAAACGUUACUACUGGCUGGCAAAAUGGUCUCAUGCCCACGUGCAGUAUUUAUUCAAAGCCCAUGAUAUAAUGGCUGUUGUACAGCAAUUUAAACCUGUACAUAUUGUACAUACUGUUUUAUACAGACAGUGUAUGUAUUUUCUGUUUUGUACCGACUGUAUUUUUUAUGUAACGAUUCCGAAUUUAAGUUCGUAUGGCUUAAUGUGAAUAUGAGGAGAAAAGACAAUAAAGCUUUGUGACUCCAA